CAUGAAAAAAGUGUCGACUUGCAAAGUUUUGUGACUAGACCAGAUGUAUGAGAAAGAUGACUAUUUUGACCGCCUGCUCCUGAAAAACAAAAGAUGGCUUACUUCUCUCAUAACCAAGCAUCUCAAGAAUGAGGGUCCGGUCUCUGAAAAGUAACAGGGUAAGUGAGAUCAUCAUAGUGAAAACAAAAAUUUCAAGUCUCAUUUUGGUGCCAGUUAUAACCUGAACAGUGUUGGUUUGCUUUGAAAACAAAAUCAACUGAAAUGCAAAUUGACCCACCAGUCUGUGACACUAAUUAAAUACCAAGAAACAUAGUUUAGAAUAUUUCCAGUUGUGACUUAUUGAUCAAGAACUUGAUUAAUACAGUAAAAGAAAUGGAACCAGAGAAUUAAAUACAGAAUGUUACCUGUUCCUGAAAAAAAAAACGUUCAUAAGGAAAUAUUGAUGAAAGAUGUUGGUGAUAAAACGCCAGCUGUUGUCAAUGUCUACAUGGCACCAAGAUCAAUUUUAUAUUCCAUCCUAAACUCUCAGCAUCUAAAAAGCUAAAUUGAGAGCCAAGCUGUCACAUAUAGUAAUAGACAUCAGAGAUUGGACUGCAAAGUGGGUUGCUGAAAGGAAUAAGGAGAUUUUCCAAAGGAACAAUAUUGCACAUUUUGCAGAGCAAUGUACAAUACAUUGAUUGGCAGAAACAUGACAUCGUAUUGGGAUACUUGCCAUUGACAGCAGCUCUGCUGCCACAUAUUGAGGAACAGUUUGCCACGACAGUGUGUUGUGAUCACAUGGGCGGAAAUAUAUUCCUUCUGCUGGGUUAGCACAGUAUUGACAUCAUAGGACUGUCAACCUAUAAGUUGUGUGUUGGAUUCCUUGCUGAGGCCAAUAUUCUUUCUGAACCUAAACUGACAAGAGGACAGCAUGUCCUAUAUCUUUCUUUCUCCACCUCUGAAUCAUGUUGGGAAGUUGUGAGAUACUUACAAUGCACAGAUAGCCCUGGUGUAGAAUACAGGAACACAGUUAGCCCUGUUGUAGAAUACAGGAAUGCAGAAAGCCCUGGUGUAGAACGCAGAUAGCCCUGGUGUAGAAUACAGGAACACAGAUAGCCCUGGUGUAGAAUACAGGAAUGCAGAUAGCCCUGGUGUAGAAUACAGGAACGCAGAUAGCCCUGGUGUAGAAUACGGGAACGCAGAUAGCCCUGGUGUAGAAUACAGGAACACAGAUAGCCCUGGUGUAUAAUUCAGGAACACUGGAGAUACCUAGCUGUGUUACCAUAGCAACACAAUGUCUGAUGGUGUCAAACCAGAUGAGGAUGGGUCACCAAAUGAAGGUGGAGUAAAACGUGCUGGACGUACCAGAAUCUGCAAACAGUGCCGAUAUACUACUACAGACGUUAGGGAAUUCUCAAACCAUCGUUUACACGCUCAUGCAGAGGAAAAUAGUGAGGAUAAAACUGUAGCACGUAAAAAUAGCCUGCGUAGAAAGUCGUCUGCUGCAGGAAAUACAUCGGAAGAACAAAAGUCAAAAGAUCAAAUUUCUGAAGCUGAUUCUAAUACAGAGAAUAAAACAGAAGAAAGUGUUAAGAAAAGUGAAAGUGACAAUAAAACACAGAACAAUAGUGCCGAAGUGGAAAGCCAGGAAGAACAAAAUAUGGAGGGUGGUCAAAUUUCACACGAGCUUUUAAGCAGUUUAGCUUUAGCUCCAAGAAAACCAUCAACUGAUAGUGAAAAUGGACAGAAAAGUGCUGUUGGAAGUAAAAGACCAUCUACUGAAAAUUUCGUUUUGGAGAAAAUGAACGGACAUAAGGAAGAAAUAGUUCUUAUAAACAAAGAUGAUGAACAAGAUGAUGAAAAUCGCUUAGUCAUAGCAGAAGACAAUGAAGUCAGUGAUUUACUUGAUACAAGUGGAUUGGAACCAGCUUCACUAUGUCGCAGUGGUAAUAUUCAGAACAGAACAUAUAUUUGUGCAGAAUGUGAGUUUAGCUCUGGCAAUGCGAAAGAGUAUUUACAUCACCAGAAGGAUCUUCAUCAGCCUGAGAUGAUGAUUUAUGAGUGUGACAUUUGUGAUUAUGCAACUAAAUACAAACAGAAACUGCCUCGUCAUCGCAAACUUCACUUUAGCGGAAAAGAUGGUGAAUCAGACCUUGAUAGCAGUUUGACGGAAAGAGAACUCCGGGAUAUGAGAGAUAACAUUAGUGUUAGAGAUGGUAGUUCAACAAAUGAACAUGUUAAUGGUGAGGAAGAUAUGGAUGAUGAUGGUUUUUUGGAUGAGGAUGAAGAUGAAGAUAUGGUUACACUGUCAUCUGCUCCAGAUGGGACAGCAACCACUCCUGGAGCUCCAGUUGAAAAGAAGAAAAGAAUUCGGCAGGAAGUUGACCCACUGAAAUAUUAUGAAGUAGUUGAUGAUGUUGGUGUGAAGUAUGCUUGUUCAAAGUGUGGAAAUGUGUACAAAUGGAGAAAAUCUCUUAAUAAGCAUUGGAAAGAGAAGCAUUUUGGUGAAGUACCAGACUUAACAAAACCACCAGCAACAUUGCAAAACUAUACUUUGUUUUCACGAUUCAAGGCGAAGUAUGGUGGCCAGCCUCCACCUCCUGCUGCUCCAAAUGUUGUUUACGGUCCAGCACAAGCUCCACCAGCAAACCAGGUGAAAAAUCGUAGCACGCCAACAAGUAUUCAUUCUGCCUCAUCAGAAAAACUUUCAAUUUCACCUUCUCCAUCGCCGUCACUGUCAAACGUUGUAAUGCCUCGACAAAUAGGACCAUUCAUAGGCGGUACAAGUGCAAGCUCUGGAAUGUUCAACAGUCCAGUGUCAGUGGCAAACCAUCUAAACCAGAGAACACGUACGCCAGAGAAUCACCAUGAACUAAGACAGAUGAUGGAUACUUUGCAGCAGACGCAAAAAGCUGAGAAAAACAGAAUGUUAGACAAAGCCCUGUUUCAACAAAAUCAUCAAUCUGAACCAUUGGACUUCUCCAAACCUCUAGAUUUUUCCAAGAAACAUGAUGCCAAAUCAUCACCAUCUUGGAUGCCAAAGAAAGUGGAUAUCAAAACUGAACCUUCGUGGCAAACUGACACAAACAGUGAGAGUGACAGUCUGCAAGAUAUGCCUCUAGCAAUGAUGGUGUCCCAGGCUAACAGUCAAAUUGCAGCUGCCAUGAAACAGAGUCAAGAUAUGCAUACUGAUUUGGAUGGCUCUUCAAUUCUUCGCUGCAGUAAAUGUAACUUUGUUGCUAAAUCUCUGGUAGAUUUCAGUGCACAUAUGUCCCUUCAUAUGAGUAAGAGGGCCUUCAAGUGUGCAGAGUGCCAGGCACACUUCAAUGGAGUUGAUGACUUGAACAAGCAUUUCCUGGAUAGCCAUGCAGAAAAAAUCCAGGAACACAAAGAAGCUAUUCAAAAGAUACCACAUGGCUUGCAGCAGACGUACCAUUUGCUGAAAAUGCCACUUGAUUCUAUUUCUGGACUCUCUUCGCAAGAGCUCUUAUCAAAUGAACCGAAACAGCUUAAAUGCAGUAUGUGUAAUUUUGUUGCUAAGUGGCCUGCAGAGCUUCAGAAACAUGCUGUCUCACAUUCCGAGGAGCGCCCAUUUGUGUGCAUGGUCUGUGCUUCAACCUACAAGUGGAAAUGGGACCUUGUGAAACACUUUGAGAAAAGUCAUAGUUCACUUCCUAACCCCUACAAGCGCCGUGAAGGAGGUGGUGUACUCCCAUCCUCGACCAACAGUCCAUCUUCCACUCCAUUGGAUGCACUUUCCAAGAGCACUGCAGCUCUAAUGGAAGCCAGUAUGAUCAUGUCGGGUACAAACUAUGUCCUUGAUGAUGAAAUGCCUCCUGCAAAGAAGAGGCGUCUUUCCGACUCUGAAAUUCAAGACACUGAGGAGUUUUACCGGGAAUUGUUGGAGAGACAGGUGCGACAGAGAAGAGAAAUGAGUCAAUCUGAGACUCCACCCAAUUUGAGGAUACCAGUACAAAAUAGGGCAGCCUUUUCAGAACCUCUCUUGAAAGCUAGUGAGAUGAAGAGGGAAAGACAUGCCAUGGAGGAAUCAUUUAAUUCUAGUGUGGAAAAUGUUGAAAACCAGACACCGAAGAAAAGUGUUCAUGAGGCACUUAAACAAAGGUUACACUAUGGAAAACCUUUAGAGGAAGAGACACCACCACAAAAACAAAGUGAUCAAAAUGGUAAAGGUGGAAAGUCAGAAGUUUUGCUGCCAUAUAAGUGUUCAGUUUGCGAGUACCGUGCGAGGUGGCCAUCUGAGAUAUCACAGCACAUGAAGAAUCAUUCAAAUGAAAAACCAUUCCACUGUCCGCGAUGCAGCUACAAGAGCAAGUGGAAGUGGGACGUUGUCAAACAUCUGAGACGUUGUGGAGGCGGAACUGUCCAUGAUGUCAUUGAUACAACAAAAUUAAAGAAAAUGGCUCCACCUAAUGUAACAGUUCUACCACAGGGUGGCCAGCAACAGCCUCUACAUCUUCAGAAAUCUAGUCCAAACCAGCCUGUGUUCCCGGGUCAGCAGCGUGCCAGCUCCCUCAGUCCUGCAAUGGUUAGUCCAAUGAUGCACACUGGAAAUUCUUCAAGCAGCAGCAGCAGUAGCAAGACUCCAACUCCUAACUUCACCAUGGCCUUUGGUGGCCAAGAACAUACAGAGGGCCUGGAACUUCUUCAGAGCUCAGCGGAUGAACUGCAAGCCCAGUUGAAUGCAGCAAAACAACCAGUGUUCCGUAGUCUUGUUAACCAGGGUAUGCAUCACUGCCUCGAAUGUCCAUUUAUUGGUAGCAAUCAAGCUGAACUACGCAGACAUUCUGUUCUUCACUCGGAAAACAAACCAUUCUCGUGCAAUAUGUGCGGCUACAGCACAAGAUGGAAGUGCGACUUGAAGAAGCAUGCAAGGACCUAUGGUCACUAUAACAAUGAUACAUUAGACAGUGGCGAAGAAGCAGAUAAUAGUAAUGACCAGGUUAUGGAAAUGGGCGAGGAUAGUGAUGAAGAGAAUAAAUCAACACUAUACAUGUGUCCACAGUGUCCUUACAAUUCGUACAAGAAGAGUGCCUUCGACCUACACCUACGCAUCCAUGGCAGCAUGAUGGAGGAAUCAACUGAGAAUGCAAUUUCACCGCCUAAGAAUGAGAAUGCAAAAUACAAGUGUUCAAAGUGUAUGUACCAUGGAAAUGAUUUAUCUUCCUUCUUGCAGCAUAAACGUUCGCAUAACACUGAAGAGUUACAAAGUAGUUCCCGCACCUCUACGCCAGUCCCUGGUGAAGUGUCCACCAGAACACUUCACUUGAAAAAUCGCCGAAAACCAGUUAAACAGUUCCGCUGUGAUAAAUGUCCAUUUCUAUGUUUUACAAAGAACGGCCUGGAUGUCCAUGCAGCAAUGCAUAUACCACGUGGCUCUGAUACCUACCUGUGUAUGUUCUGUGACUACAAUGUGUUCAGCAAAACGCUUCUUCUUCAACAUAUGCGUCUUCAUCCCGAGUACAAUCCUGCUGAAUGCUCUGAAGCAGAUGGCAAAGUGACUGCCACAGAAUUGAUGGAGAUGGAGGAGCUUGAAGAAAGGGAAAUAAAUGGGGAUGAUACCAAGAGUAUGUCUGGUGCUGAAGAAAACAACAAUGUUGAUGGCUAUGAAAGUGGAUUUGAAACCACUGACGCUGUCCUAGAUUUUUCAAAUAUGCAGCCUGCUGUAAAUGGACGCUCGUCAACACCAACAAAUCCAGGAGAGAGCAAGAGUCAGCUGGCAACUAAUAACAAUAACAAUAUUGUGAACAACAAUAACAACAAAGCUUCUGACCUUGGUGGAAUGAACCUACCUUGUGAAUGGUGUACAGCAUCAUUUCCAAAUGUUGUAGCUCUCUAUCAGCACUCCCAGUCCCUGCAUCCAGAUCAGCUAAAAGCACAAGAGGCAGGAGAUAUUGCUGCAAGGCAGGCACCAACAAAGGGAUCACAACUUGAACAGAUUGUAAGAGAAAGACAGAGAGAAUACCAAGUUUACCAUCAGUUUAUGGCUCGCCAACAGCCCCAGAUACAACAGCAGAUUCAGAACCAGCUGCAAGCUCAAGCUGCACAGAGUCUUGUCAGGAAGUACAUCCCGCUAGCACCGAAACCAGAAACCAGCCAGACCCAGACAUCACCAAGUCAACCCGCCGUUCCAAGCAGCAGUCAGGAAGUUCCGAGUCAAGGACAACUUUCACCUCAUCAGAUAGCUGCGAUGAGGGCAAGAAAGAGUGCUAGUACAGGAAUUCAGAAAAAGGCCAGAUCCUUUCAAUGUACGAAGUGUUCCUUCACUGCUCCAAAUGCAGUUACGUAUUUGAGACAUAUUGAACAUCAUGGCAGCAACUGCAAACAUACUUGCCGCUAUUGUGACUACAGCAUUGACCGACUGAACCUUCUGUACCAGCAUAUGAAAGGGACCCAUCCUAACAAAUGGCAAGGCACUCUAGAGGAGAAAAUCACACUUAGCACCCACAGCGAAGACAACAACAACAACAUUAUCGAUGAUUUUGGAAUGGCAGAGGAAAACGUUUCUGGUGAUGGGAGCAACAAUAAUUUCAGUAGCAGUCAGACUGAUUUGGCUGAACCAGAACUUGAGGGUAGAAGUCUUCUAGAAAGCGGUGCACUCUCCGAGUUCACUGCACGAGGUAUGAAACCAGUAAUGGUUCUGCAGGAAGAGAUCAACUAUAAGGGGACAACAAUCCAGGUGUGCAGCCUAGAUGGAAAGAAACACUACAAGUGUCUAAAGUGCUUGUAUACUAGUAUACAUGCAGCAAACACGGCCAAUCACAGCCAGCAACAUGGCCAGAAUAAUAAAUACAAGUGCCAUAAGUGUGACUACAGUGUGGACAAUUUCAAACAUAUUCAAAACCAUCUUGAGAACAUUCAUCCUAAGGAACCAAACUUUAUUCUCAUCAAUUCCCCCAGGACUUCCAUACUUAUUGAUGAUUUCCCAGCUGAGAUAAACAACAAUGGUGAAACAGCAAAUUUAAGCAUCAACAACAACAACAGCAUGAAAAACAUUCCCACAUUUUCUUGUUCCAAAUGUCCAUACAAAACGUCGCAGAAAGAGAAGUUAAACAUUCAUCUGGAAAAGCAUAGUUAUACGGGGAAGUAUGAAUGCCAGCUAUGUGAUUACAGUGUAGAUCAGUACAAUUUCUUACGUUUUCAUGCAAAACUACACAACACAAGAUAUAUGCCACAUAGCUCUGCAACCGGUAUAGAGGAUGGAUCUACUGGCGAAGAGUCGUAUGAAGAUUAUGAAUAUGCUAGAAUAAGCAACAGAUCAGGAACAGAUGGAAUGAGGUCACAACCAAUGUUGACAAAGGACAGGAUUCGUUUUAAGUGUUCAGUUUGUCCCUUCUACUCACCCAGUAAGACAAGAAUCUUGAACCAUCGUAUGAACCAUAUCAAUCGCAGUCCCUACGCUUGCCAGUUGUGCACAUUUAGUACUAAAGCGACCAGUGAACUAGAAGAACAUGUUCAUUUCCAUCAAACCAAGCCAAUGUCAGUGGAUCAAUUUAUUGAUGUUACGCUAGAUCCAUUCAGUGAAAUGUAUAGAGUGAUUGAGAAAUUCCCUGAUGAUGAUGAACCGAUGGAAACUGACGAAAAUACUUUGCCCAAAAACAAUGUGGAAACUGAAUUGGAAGACUUUGAAAAGAUGGAUGAAAGUAUUCCUGAUGUUGAAGAUGAUGAGGAAGCUGCAAUGAUGGAGGAAGAACUGAGAGACACUAUUGGUGAAAUAGGGCUUGAAAAGGUGGCAGAGAGGAACCUGAAUGCAGAGGGUGCUUUUGAUAGUGAAAUUCAGUUCAGGAAUUACAAGUGCCAGGACUGCCCAUACAGUAGCAACAGUCAUGCUGAAUUCAAGAAACAUUGUCGUCUGCAUGGACCAGACUACAAGUUCAAAUGUGACUACUGUAACUACAGUCUAGAUAGGGUGAACUUGAUUUCGCAGCAUCGUCGACUUCAUUUCCAAGAAAAAGAUUUUGAGACUACGCCAUUAAUGUCGAAGUUACUCAACAAGAAUCAUGAAGAUUACGAAAUGAUGUUAGCGAAAGUCGGUAAAGAGGUUGCCUAUCCCCCUUCCGAAGGUAUAGCAAAGACCGUUGAUGAAAAUCCUGAUGUUGUACUUACUCAUAGGAUUGCAUUAAAUGCAGAUGACAAAACCCGUUACUCGUGCAACAAAUGCCCUUACAAAUGUCAGGCACUAAAAAGUUUUCGAUGCCAUUUACAGAUGCAUGGUCUGAAUCGCAAAUAUAAAUGUGAUUACUGUGACUGGAGCACAGACAGGCUAAACCUGAUUUGCCAACAUCGCCGCGUCCAUGUGCACGAGAAGGAUUACAAUCCAGCGCCUGGCGAUAUUGUGUUCCUUAAUCGGGAAUAUGUGCUUGAUGGUCAGAACAAUGUCGACAGUGUGGGAAGCAUGACAGCCAUUGAUUAUCCAGAGAGUCCACUUAAUGUUGAUGACCAGAAACCAGCUUCAACACCCAAGAAAAAUAGUCAUGGAGAGAAAAUAUAUUCGUGCAAAAUAUGUCCAUUUAAAUCAGAAAAUAUAAACACAUACUCAUACCAUAAGAAGCUUCACUGCAUUCAGGCGAGAUAUAGCUGCUCCGAAUGUUCAUACAGUAUCAACAAUAUUACCUCAUUGAAAGAACAUAUCAAACUACACAAGAAAGAAAAGGAGAUGAUCAGAAUGUCUCUGACUGAGGGUGGCGUGAAACACAAAUGCCCGAAGUGUCCAUACAGCAGUCCCAACAAGAACCUGCUGGUAGCCCAUACAUCCAUGCAUUCUUCAGGUCGUGAGUACGCUUGUUCCAGGUGUGACUACAGUAGCGACAAACAGGCUUUGCUACAGCUACACAUGAAAGUCCAUAACGAAAGUUACUCUGAUAGUGACUCCUUGGAGGAGAUGGAAAUGUUGAUGAAACGAGGACCUGAUGUAAUCGGACCACAGAUAUUUCUUACCUCAUCAAGCGUUAACGAUCACGACAGUGAUAGUAGUGAUGGUAACGAUUCCGACCAUAAAUGUGAGAAAUGCCCGUUCAGCACUCCUUCCAAAGAUGAACUCGGUAGUCAUCUUCAGCAACAUGAGACGCCAGGCAAGAGUAGGUGCAUGUAUUGUUCCUUCAGCUGUGGUAAAGAAGACGAUCUUUUAAAUCAUGUUCAGGUCCAUUUUCCCGGUACAACUGUCGACAGAGACAUGCUGAGAUCCUUGCGUAGACAAAGCAAUACUCAUAAACGCAACAUCAUUAAAACAUUUGAUGAGGGGAGUGGAGAUGUUUCCGAGAAUCAGUCUGUAGAUGUGUCGGGGGAACCAGAUUCUACUGUAAAUGAGACACUAAAACAUGAAAGUACUGAAAUUGAGCAAAAUCCUGAAAAACACGAAUCAAAUCUCAAAGAAACAGAAAAAACUAAAGUGUACGUUUGCCAGUUCUGUGAACGAGAGUUUGACUGUAAAACAACAAUGAUCCAGCACGAGAAACAACAUUUAUUUUAAAACUGCUCACGCAAACAUAUCAAUUACAUUUAACAUUCAGUGAGUGAUGAAAUAUAUUUUACUAGUGCUUGUGCAUAUGAAAUGACACUUGAACCAUUUGGAUUUUACGAGAGACUUUUACACGUGAUGAAAGAGAACAAAAACAUUCCGAUCAUACAUAAAUGUGUUUGGAAUAAAUAUUAUUUGUAAACAUAACCACACAAUUAAACGUCAUUCAUGCAAGUGAGUGAAACAGAUGUUUAACUAGUUUGAAUAUUGUCUACUAUUUCAUGCCAAAAUAGGAUGACAUACUUUUGUGAAAUUUAUAAAUGGCAAGACUUUUAUAUGGGACCAGAAAUACUGCUGGACCAAAAUGAGGGAACCGUUUCAAGGGGAACCAGUCUUCCAGGACAGUUGUAGAUAAAUGUUUAUUUCUAUAUAUUGUAUCAUUCCAGCAUUUGUAUUAUGGUAUGUUAUGUCAGGGUUGGAAAAGGUCUUCCCAAGUUUAUUGUUUUUCUUAUAAAUUUUAUAUAAAUGUACAUAAAUUGUUAUUUUUUAGAUCAUUUUAGCUAAUGAUAAAAAAUCCAAGCCAAUAUUAGUGCAUUUUUGUAUAAAACUCUUGACCAUAGUGCAAAUUAAUUGUAUUUCGUUGUUAAAUGUGUAUUAAUUUUUAACACAGUGAUACCUUGAUUAUUAAAGUAACUGCUUCUGUUAUUAGAGUGUUACCUUUUUACAAGAUAUUUGAAAAAUAUGAACAAGUUACGUUUUUUUUUCAUGUACAAUAAUUAUUUACAAUUUGUAUUUUCUGCUGAUUAAACUCUAGCUAUAUCAGUCAUUUGAUAAAUGUUUGAAUGAAAGAAGUCUAAGUUAAAUCGAGGUUCAGAAAAGUCACGGUGACUUUUAGUUUAGUUUUUAGCACAAGAUUUAACUUCACAACAAUUCAAAUGAUAGAGUUUCAGCUGUAAAUUUUGUACCGCAUUUACAUACUCUGUAAACACGUUAAUCAUAAUUUAAAAGUGCAAUUAUACAUUUCACAAUUGGGUGCUUUGUUAACAUUGAUGACUGUCAUAUGUUCCAUUUUUAUGUCAUUUCUUUUUCCACAGUUAAAAUUGCACAAGUGUUCACUUGUUGGAAAAAGUAUGCGGAUUUCAUUUUUAUCUUUCUUGUACAUUGUUCACUCAUUUUCUGUCAUUGUUUUUUCAACAUCAUUGCAAGUCGAUGCUUUUCACUACCAUUUCUGAAAAGUGCAAUUAUUUUAUUUAAUUAUAAAUGUAACCAUUUCUUAUGUAAAUAAAUAACAGUUAAUUGAAUUUAUAAGAUUCUUGUUUUGUUUAAGUACUGUUCUGUAGCAUAGAGGGUUUAGAAAGAUAGUUUAGCAAAAAAAACGAACAAAUCGUUGUCUUCCAAAACUGUACAGAUUUACGUAUAACCACAAAUUGUAAAUACAUUUAAUUGUAUUCAAAAUAUAUUUUGUAAAAUAGAUGGUUUAUAAACAAGGUAUUUUUUUGGUGUAAUUUGCCAGAAAAACGGGGAGAUCAUCCAAGUUUUAAUAGUUGAAUUGUAUGGAACUUUUACAAGGAUGGACAGUAUCAUUUAUUAUGAUGUUAAUGUUAACAGAGUCCGUAAGGUAUAGCUGUUCCUAGAAUCGUAAUUAUAAUAUUAUAUAAUCGUCUUCCAACAACAGGUAUAAAUCUGAAGAAAAAUGCUAGAUUUUAUUAUGAUACAUUGAAGACAUUUCAGUAUUUGGUUGAGUGCCUAUCGUAAUUUUUGCAAAUUUUGGAAAGCUCUUCCUCAUUAUAAAUACUUCCGAUGUUUGCAAAGUUGGUAUGAGUGCCUUAGGCUAUAUGCAAAUUUGUUAUAAAAACUUUGUUUACAUCUUCUAUUGAAGUAUGUGCGGUAAAGUGCUUUAGGCACUGAUAGUUGUCACUAAGCAUAAAUCAAUAGAUCACACUGUCUGCAAUCCAUGUCGUGUUUCUUGAGACAUAGAAAAAUUACGCAGUUGCCAUUAAAAGAUUGAAAAGUUUUUCUUUGCUUGAAGCAAUUAGAAAUCAACAAGUAAUUGCAAAAUUACAUUUCAUGGUAAAUUGAAAACUUUUUUUCUUAAACAGCAAAUGGUCCAUAUCAGUCACAGUCAUCUGUUGACAAAUUUUGUUUACUGAAAUUUUUAUGGGCUACUUGUUUAUAAACAUUUUGGGGGAAUUAUCCAGGUUUGGGGAUUGGCCCUGGAAUAAGUGGGAGAUUUUUCCAUUGGUGGGUGACUUCUUUGAGGAACAAAAUACACGGUGCUGCUUAGAUGUGUAUUUUACAUAAAAUAUGUAUAUAUUUACUGUACUUAUUAUAUAAACAUUGUAUUUUUAUGUAAAUAAUUGUGUAAUCUUUACAUGGCAUUUUUUUUGCCAUUUUAUGCAUACAUGAACAUUCCAAAUGGUAGCAUUUUAUCUAGAGUAGCAUUAUAUUUACCUGUUUUAUAUGUCUGAUGUCACGUAAGGUAACAACCUGCUUACAGAGUGAGGUUUCACACAACAAAGAGAAACAUUUGUAAUGUCACAUUUUUCAGAUCUUUCCAAGAACACGAUUGUGCAUUCCUUCAAUAAUACAAAAGAUAGAUUUUUUUAAAACAAAAGUACGAGUACACAAAAUAAGGAGAAUUUUGAAAAACAAUUGCCAUGGUCCCUCAUAACUCAAAAGUGACUUUUAAGUCUGCCAUACUGUCUAAAAAAUUAACAAAAUAUUAUAUAUGACAUUGUAGGUUUUUUAAUGGUGCUUAUGAAAAUAUAGGUUAGAAAAGUUAAUUGUUCCAAUAAAAGAAUUACUUUUAUGUUUGAAAAACAUGUAUGCUGUAAAGUUUAACGGGGUUUGAUUUUUUUUUUCAAGUUUGUAUUUACUGUAUACAGGAUGCAAUGUUUAUUGAAUGCUUAUACUUAUAAAUGUUGGGUUAACACUGGUUAAAGGGAGAGUACUCAAAUAUAAAUCAUUGCACUAAGAUUUUGACUUUACAGUGAUGGCCGGGUGCCUGUUUUUAUCUUAAACAUGUGAUAAUCACUUAAUUUGUUUACAUGUAAGAUCUAUUGAAUGUUAUUUUAUCAGAUAGAUUUAUGACCUGAAUUGUUAUCUAGUUUUGAAAUUAACUCUAAUUAUAAAUCAUUCCACUUUCUUUUAUAUUUGAUACAAAGGUUGAAAAUAGAUGAUUUUCAGUUUCGUUUGCUUUCAGUAGUUACUGCGUUUUUGAUUUGCUUUUAAUUUGAAAUGCUUGAUUAAGUUUUUGUAUCCUUUUUUUACAUACAUGAAAAUGAAAACAAUGCACAAUAUUUUGAAGGCGAAGUAUUGGAAACAAGCAAGUCAUUAUUUAUACAUUGUGAAUAUAAUUUCUUUAUGCUUAAAACAAUAUAUUAAGACAUGUAUAAUUGAACAAAGUUUAGGAAUCAAGAUAACUUUGAACAAACUGGAAUAAUUAUUAUUUUUUCAUAAUUAAUCUUCUUAAAUACUUCUAUUAUAAGCUCUAUAAUUUAAAAGCAUUUUGCUUUCUUGCGUACUUAGUAGUGGUCAUUAUAACUUUAUUUUAUGUAUUUCUAGUUAGUUUAUGCUAGUCUUUAUUUUGUCCUUUUUGUUCUAACCAUAUAGUUAUGUCUUUUUUUUUUUUAUUUGCGAGUUUGAAAUUGGACUUCAUGUUUCAGUUUUGACUUGCGAUCACUUAAAUAUAUCUAUGCAAUAAAAUUGUCCAUAAUAAAUUUAUUUCAAUCUA